AUGCGGAAUGAAUGUGACUGUAGCAAAUAUUGCUACAAUAACUUUAGUGAGAGAAAAAUUCUAGAUCACGUGCUGAAUUUGAGAGAAAUGGAAAGGAAUGAGAAGGAAAUGUAUAUCAUGGGAACAAUUGGAAAAGUAACUGCUAGUGUAAGAUGUAAAGACGGUGAAAGGAAACGAACCAGGUGGGAGUAUGCUUAUGAGGGAAAGAAGGUAUGUCGAAAUGCAUUUCUGUUGAUAUUUGACAUAGGGAAAAGAACUGUUGAGGGUCUACUAAAACAUAUGAAUGAACAAGGUGUUGUACCUCGUGUUCAUGGUUUAACAGGAAAAUUCCUUGUUAAUUAUGCAGCUGAGGAAGGACUUCCGCAACCGGCACCAUCACGGGGACGUGAUGGUAUACCUUCAGUUUAUCUUCCUGCGUUAAACACUAAACUCUCAAUACAUAAAGAGUAUGUAACAGCCUGCGUGCAAAAUGACAAACGUAGUGUUGGACUUACCACCUUUAAAGAUGUAUGGAACAGGUGCGUACCUCACAUUAAGAUAAUGAGUCCUCGUGAAGAUGUGUGCAAGAAGUGUGAAGACUUUCGCCAAGAAAUAUCCCUGGCAAGAAAUGAGGAUGACAAAUUGUCCGCAACAGGCAAAUACCAUCAGCACGUGCUUGAUGCCCGUUCCGAACGUGCCGUAUAUGAACAAUGUGUAAAUGAAUCAACAGAAAUGUUUCAGCAACAGUUGUCAGUGCGUAACUAUAAUACGGUGCAUUACACAUUUGACUUCAGUCAGUUCCUGAAAUUACCCCAUCAUUCAAGGGAAAAGGGUCCCACAUUUUUUAUACAGCCAAGGAAAAUCCAACUGUUUGGCUUCAGGAUUGACGGAUACAGACAAUACAACUACCUCCUUCAUGAGAACCAGACAAUAGGUCAAGAUGGACAACUAGCUCAUGGGCCAGACUCAGUAAUUUCAAUGUUGGAUGAUGCUUUCGAAAAGUUUGAUAUGAAAGAAGAUGAGUGCCGAAUCCAUGCAGAUAAUAGUCUGCCUAUAUAUCCAAAAAAGAGGCCUAGAAAUUGCCUUUGAUGGCAUUUUUUGUUAAUGCCCGACAGCCAUAUUCAUUGUUAACUUUAUAAAAUUUGGAAACUUUUCAGGGGGGCUGUCGCCUUCUAAGAGUCAUAGUAAGGUCACAGCACAAGGUCAAAGGUCAAUAAGUGCAUUUUUGUUAAAAACUUCAGAUUUUCGCCAUUUUCGCUACAUUUUAAUACAAACUUGUAAUUUUUCGGUUAUAAUUAUAAAUCUGAGAAGUAAAAUAAGUUACCUCAAAUAGAUUUAUUGCAUUUGAGACAGGCAAAAUUCAAAACGACUAAAGUUAUUUAUAUAGAAUUGCUUAACUUUUCGUACGUUCUGAUAUUUUGUUCAUUUAUGGAAGUUAUCUUUCUCAUGUUUCUAAAAUUUCCGUUUUUCAGGCUAAAGUCUGGUUGGUUACCUGUUUGAUUGUCUGUAUGAACAGUACAGGCAGAAAAAAAAUCUAUGGCACGUGUUUUAUAAAGACGAGUACAGUCAAACUUCUUUUGCUCGAAUUCGGAUUAUCCAAUUACUACUUUUGGCUCGAACUCAGCGUCAAGUCUUUAUAACGAAUUCUUCACGCUGGCUUGUACUAACACAUUUUGCUUGCCCCGUCGAGCUCUAGUGACUAGUUUGACUGUACUAAUUGUUGACAGUUCUAAAGAUUCCUUCCUAAGCAUAGAACUCAAGGACGUAAAAAUAGCAAACUCAGUUUGAUUAAGUCUGUUUGUGUGAUAGUAUGAAAUGUGCAAAUUCUCUGAGGCAUGAUCUAAAAUGGUCUAUGUUGUCUAUGAAAACUCUAUUCCAGCGGUUUACGCAUGUGUUGUAGCAAUUUCAUGAAUAUGUGGGCUUUUAGAAUUACUACUUAAGAUGUAUAAAAAUCAAGCGAUAUCAAAGUGUAAAUAUAAAUAUUAGAUAACCGCAAAUGUUACGUUUUGUGUGUGUAUGUUUUAUUUUUCUUUUCAUUCCAUUGGCAUGAAAAUGGUACUUUUCAUAUUUUUGAACCAGCUGAAAAAAUAUUUCUUUGCACAUUACCAAUAGGCUAUUAAAAGAACUGGUAACCACUCUCCAAGUGUUUUCAAUAUCUACAAUUUUGUAACUAUUUGUUUAUGUUGGUUCUAUGGAUGUCAUAACUUCAAAAAUGCUUGAUAAUGUCAGUGAAUUUGAUAGUAUAUCGAAUCUUAAUAGUAUGAUCUUUAUGACUGUGAAUAAAGGGGCAAAGCAUGUUUGUUUUCCUGUUACAGCACCUUUAGAUUUCCGAAUAUAUUGUCUUGAUGUACAUUACCAUAAUGUCCUGUGUGAUGAUUACAAUAAAAUAUGAUUAAACUAAAACUUAGAAUUCCGAGUGAUUGGUUGGUAAUAAAACCCAGUAGAGCAAACUUACCAAUGUAUCACAAAGGAAUCUACUGAUGUUAUAAAAUAAACAAAUGUCCGCUUACGCUAGUGUAGCCUUCAACGUGUAAAAAUAAAUAUAUUGUCACUUAAAUUAAGUGCGGAAUGCUAGAAUGAACUACUCUUAUAUAGAAAUAACUUCUUACCCUUAUAUAAAAAAAUGAAUAAACCCCAUAACACUUCACAAGCAAUAGACGUCUUAGUCUGACAUAUUCAAUCGGCAUUAUUUGUUUAUUAUAAAUCAAUCGUUUUGAAUUUCAAAUCUCUUCUUCAUGCUCUUCUCAUCCUGCAGGAAGUUAUUUUUACGCAUUCUAUAUGUCUUGGUAACUAUCGAACUACCAAAAUUUCAUCAUUUUGGUUAGUUGAACCAUCAUCUGUCAGUAAUCAUGAAAAUAUCGGAGGGUAUAACUUCAAUAUUUCAUUGAAUGAGCCUUAAUGUUACCAUUAUAAAAAAAUCUAAAGCAACCUUCUGAUAUUUUAAUACCUUUAUUUUUACAUUUUAUUUGUAAAACAUCUUAAUGACUAAUGUUUCAGUGUAAAGAUACUAGCAUUGUUUUCACAAUGUUAUCAAGGACUUCUGUCUGAAACCAAUUGUCAAAUCUGUAAAUUUUUUACGGUCUGAUUCGUUUUCCACUUUUGUUUUGAACAGCAAGUGAGUGUAGAAGCAAAGCAAAAGAUAAAAAGCAUAGAAACAGAAAUAGCGUGCUGAAUUUUCAGAAUAAAAUUGAUGCAAAUAUCGCAUUAAGAGCUUCGGUGAUGGAAAAUCUAGUUCUUGAAAUGUGCUACUUAAUUUCAAAUACAUAAAAUACGAUGAUAAAUGCCUGACCGAUAGUAACAAAGAACUUUGUUACAGCAAAUCAAGGGAAUAGUGUAUAAAUGAACUAUGUUGUGACCAAUAUUUCAGUUUUUCUUCUAAAAUGGUCCUUUUUAACCAUCAUUGCGUGGACAAAUUAACAUAAAUAUAUAUCAUAUAAUGAAUCAUCACCAGAUUUGAAGUCAUUUCUUUAGGGGCUGGAGAAGGAUUCCAUAUUAUAUAUGUCACUUUCAACAGUAUUACAGUCAUUUUACGGCUGUCAAUCAACCUAACCAGUGUUCUGAUGUCGCUACAAGUAGUAGCCUUGUCCCUGCAUAUAACUGACAACUUCUCCAUAUGAUUCAUAAGUGGAGACAUGGAGAACAUACACCUCUCCCAGGGAUCGAACUCACGACCUCGCCAUCCUUAGUUCUGCGCUCUACCUAUUAAGCUUAAAAUACUUGGUUGUAUGCAUGACAGUAAAGUGAUUUUAACUGCUUAUGUGAGAAAUGUUAUACAUUUAUAUGCAAUUUAUUUUCCCCUAUAGUCUUCUUCCUCAAAACCCAUCAUAUUUUCUCUUUUGGACGAAUUUCUCAAAAAGUGUACAAUAUGUAAAUAUUCUUUUUAUAGAAGUCAGUUCAAAGCUUAAAUUCAAAUUUUAUUGUCCCCUGAAAUGCAAGAAAUUCAUUAGCAGUGUCAUUUUAUAUCAUUGAUCAACAAUUUUUCUAAAUCUGCACCCGACUUUUGUUUUUAUCUCUGCCAAAUUUUGACAGAUUUGAAUGAAAAUUGGACACAUUGUUUAAUGACCAGUUCAAUUAAAUAGGCGAUAUCAAUUGUGCGUACAUUCGUAGUGCCAUGACAGUUCAAAUAAAGUACACACCCUCCCCAAAAUGUCACAGAAUGAAUGCAAUUUGGUGCUGGUCUGUAUGCGGCAAGUACUGCCAUCAGCGGGAUUAAUCAAUUUUGUCAUUAAUGUGGUGUCAUUAAUGACGUCACAAACCUGAUAAAGAAAUAACAUGUUCAUAUUGAAAAUAUUGACGGAUGUUCCAUCACAACUAAACAGAGUUGAACAUUCAGAAUAUAAUAAUUUGAAAUUCAUUGAAUUAAUAGGAUCAAAGUGUACUACUGUGAUUUACUAAUUAUGUGACUUUUAAUUUAAGGGUUACCUUAUUGUUACCUUUACAAAUGAAUUUACAUCAGGCUGUGAUCUUUUUUAUGUUAUAUUAUAACAAAAUAAUCAUUUAACAUUGUGUAAAACAUUCAUUCAAAUCUGUCAUAAUUUGGCGAUAAAGGGAAAAAGCAGGUGUGGAUUUAGUAUAUUAUCAAUAUACGCACCAUUUUGCUACCUUUAAUAACUUAGAAGUCAUUUUUUAAAAAUUCAGAUUUGACCUUGACAUGUCUGUGGCCUUGAAAUCACAUUGAAAUAACCCUUGGAUACGACAGUUCCAAAAACUUUACUCUAGUUCAUCCACAUAUUAAGAUUAGCAAACAUGUCAAGUGAAAAACACUUUGCCAUCGUAUGCCACUUUUCCCAGAUAUAUUAUUCUUUAUAAUAGUAUAUAUAUAUUAUAUAUAUUUUAUAUAUUAUCAUUAGUUUUAUUUACAAAAAACAAUGUACUAAAGGGCGUUGAGACACAAUAUUUAAACCAAGUUAGAUGGUAUAUGAAAAUAAAACGAGUGCACAGUGGCACAGUUUAUUUGUAAAUGCACUUAUUUGACCUUUGACCCCAUUGUACUGUAAUGAGGAACCCUAGAAGGCGACAGCCCCUUUUAAAUUUCAUGUUCCAUCCUAAGGAACAUUUUUAUACUAAUAUCCGAGCAUUAACAAAAAAUGCCAUCAGAAGUCACAUUUUCCCAAGAUAUUGGCAGACUAUAAUUGUUAUGG